UGCGCCAGCCUGUGGGCGUGGCAGCUUCGGAGGAAGUUGAUCUGUGUGAGGAAAAUGGUUUUCCAUUUCUGAGUGGUCAUCACGUGCCUCCUACCAUUGCAAGAAAGGUCAUUACAGUUCCAAGUCCAAUUGGUUUGCCGCAUGCGAUCUCCAGCUCAGGAGGCAGAAUGCCGUCAAUUUCUCCUCCGCCCACAGGCAAUCAUCACAGUAACCAUACUGGCUAGGCUAGAGGGUUCUCCUAUCGCGAGUGCGCCCAUCGCUGACAGUGCGAAUGCGCGAGAGUCGAAGUCGGUGUGCAGGUGGAUGUGGGCCGCGGAUGGAAGCGCAGCAUUUCCUUUCAGGUGAAACCCUCAAGAGGCGAAAGCCGCAUAGCCUUGAACGGAGCUUGUGCCGUAGUGUUGGCCUUUCACUAGACGGCACCGUGCCGAGGCCAAAAUGUCAAAACAGUUAUCAGAGCCAGAGCGUCGUUGUGAUGGCUUGCGCAAGAUUCGCUUUAGCAAUUAGCCAUUCUCAGCUAUCUAGUACUAGUCAGUAGAGCCGCCAUGCCGCAUUCGUCAGAAGCGAUCACUUCGCCGUCCCAAUCCCAAUCCUCGUCGCUCGCCGUCAAGCCGUGGUCCGCAGAGGAGGACGCGGUUCUGCUGCGCCAUGCGCUGCAUUGCGGCACGAGGCAGUGGGGAGAGUUGGGGAGGAGCGGUCAGCUGAAGAGAAACAACAAGUCGUGCUGUAAUCGUUACAUCUUCCUCAGAAGGAAGUUCGUCCAACGCUUUCAGCAGAAUCUCCUGCGAGAGCAGCUGGGAGGCGCUGCAUUUCCUCAGCACAUAGCCUUGGAGGCGCACAGCCAGCUGCUGCUGAGGCGUGACGGCCAGCAGCAGCAGCAUCAGCAGCAGAAGCACCAGCACCAGCAGCAGCAAUACUGGCACCAACCGCAGCCGCAGCAGCAGGGGCAGCAGGGUGGCGUGGGUUCACCCGGGUCGCAAUCGCCUGCUCUUACUUUCGGCGGGCUGUCGUUUGAAGAGUGCAGGAGCGUCUUCCUCUCACCCAAUGCGCGCCCACUAACAGCCCAGGCGAGCCUCGCGUCUGCCAGCGCUGCUGCUGCCUCCAAUGCUGCUUUCCCCGGUGCCUCUUUCUCCAGUGCCUCUCUCUCGGGUGCGUCUCUCCCUGGUGCCGCUGCUGACUCCAACGCUCCUGCUGUGUCCAACGCUGCUGUGUCCAAUAUUGCUGCGACCAGUGACCGUGCUUCUGAUGCCGAUGCAGUGGCGAGUGGAGCGAUGAUCUCCAGUUCAGCUGCCCUCAGCCUGCCCAUGAAGCGACCCACGGAGGACUGGCGAGGCCCUACGCCUGACCCACUGCUGCCAGGCCGAGCUGAAAGGUGGGCCGGCUGCAUAUUGAGGCACUCCCAGUCGUUGGAGGAGCGUUUUCAGCUGCAGGGGUCGGGGAGCGGUCUCCUCGAUGAUCUGCUGCUGGAGGCGCAUCGCCACCAGCGGGGCGGAGGGAGCAGCCGGCAGCAGCGGGUGGUGUGGCCUCGCGUGGAGUCGGAGAGCGCCCUUCCAGACGAUGGGUUUCUGGGAUUCAGCAGCCAGGACCCUGGCUUCAUCAUACAGGUUGCAGCACUGCCAGCUCCAUUGCUCAACCAGCUCCCUCUCCUACCUGAUUCCGCUGGGGGGGGGUUGAGCACCUGCCUUGGACAGAUGUUCUCAGUUGGAAAUAUUUCUGCAAGGCAGGAGCUGAUCCCGCCCAUGACCGCAUGCAGUGCGAUGCCAGAAAGCGACUCUCUUCCCCUCCCCACCCCUGCACCUCACCAGUGGUUGCCUGGGCCUGGGCCCCCUGUGCCCAUGCCUCGCCUGCCAUCCGCCUUAACCCCGUGUACUUUCUCCCGCCUCCCCCUCGCGAGUGAGCCUCAGGGACGGGCGCAGGCAGUCACAGGUGCUGGGGCAUUCGAGGCGACUAAAAGGCCAGCCCUGCCAGAGUGGGCGAUCGUGCCGGGAGGGAGGGGGGAGGGAGUUCCUCAGACGCACAGGCACCAGCAGCGGCCGGUCGUUCCUCAGCGCCUAGAGCUCCAACCCAUUCCCUCGAUUUCAUUGCACCAGCCAGCACCGCGAUGCCUGGCCCAGCCUCUGGCCCAGCCUCUUGCCCAGCCUCUGGCCCAGCCUCUGUCCCAGCCACUGUCCCAGCCACUGUCCCAGCCACUGUCCCAGCCACUGUCCCAGCCACUGUCCCAGCCUCUGUCCCAGCCUCUGUCCCAGCCUCUGUCCCAGCCUCUGUCCCAGCCUCUGUCCCAGCCUCUGUCCCAGCCCCUGGCCCAGCCACUGUCCCAGCCUCUGGCCCAGCCACUGGCCCAGCCUCUGGCCCAAGCAGUUCUGCUGUCUCCCGACUCUCAACAGCCACUGGACCCUGGCUUCUCCAUUUUCAGUCGUAAUAACUCUCAUGGUGCGCGGCACAUGCGCUCUAACCCAAGCACCUCGCUCAAGCAGGCUCCUAUACCGCCAGGCCAUGCCUUGCUGCAAAAGCGGUUAAUUCCUUCAACAGGUGGCAUACCUGCUGCCCCGUCACCCUUACAGCCAGGUCCUGCCUUGCUGCAGGAGCGGUUAAUCCCUUCAACACCUGGCAUACCUGCUGCCCCCUCACACUUACAGCCAGGUCCUGCCUUGCCGUUAAUCGUGUCACCAGCUCUCCUGAGCCCGGCGCUUGCUCCGUGGCCCAACAUGGCGGAUGCCCCGGGAGGUGAUGGGGCUUUUAUCCAUGUCGCAGUUAAUGAUGGCCUUAACUCGGACGUGCACUCCUCCACUAGUUUGUUUGAGCAUGGAGGAACAACCGAGUUGAAGCCCAAUAAUAACUGGGAUGGGGAUAUGCUUGGCAACACGAGCAUUUUUCCAUGCUGUUGAUGUUGCACUGAGGCUUACAGGUGCCAUGCGUCUGUUCUUGUCCCCCCACAUGGCUAUAGGCAAGGCAGCUCACGUUUGAUUUUUGUCUUUAGCGCAGCUUCAAUUAUCGGGUUCUUUCCCUGAGAGGAUGGAUUCCUUACUGCGGCUUGCUUUAGCGCGUAAUCAUGAGUGCUUCUAUUCACAGCCGAGCCGAGGUUUGCCCCGCCAGUUGCUUUACUGAGCCUCAUCCUCUCCUGAUACUGUAAUCCCCCGUAUAAAACACCCUACGGUGUUAAUAAAAAUGCAA